AUGGAGAAGCUUCUUCUGGGUGUACUGUUGCUCACCGUCAUCUCAGGAGGCUUAACACAUUCAGAUAUGAGGGGGAAAGCAUUCAUUUUUCCUCAAGAAUCAAACACAGCUUAUGUGUCCCUGAUCCCAGCAGUGAAGAAGCCAUUGAGGAACUUUACAUUGUGCCUGAAGACCUUCACAGACCUUACCCGCCCUUACAGCCUCUUCUCCUAUAGCACUCCAUCCCAACCAAAUGAGCUGCUUCUCUUUGUGAACAAAAUCGGAGAGUACACACUGUACAUUGGCGAUGUUGGUGUCACUUUCAAUGCUCCACAGAUACGUUAUGCUCCAAUCCAUGUCUGUGCCAGCUGGGAGUCAGCCUCCGGGAUUGCUGAAUUCUGGGUGAAUGGGAAUCCAGUAGGAAGGAAGGGUCUGAGAAAGGGAUACUCUAUAGGGAGAGAGUCAAAGAUAAUCCUGGGACAAGAACAGGAUUCCUUUGGGGGGAGAUUUGAUGCAAAACAAUCCUUGGUUGGAGAGGUGUGGGAUGUAUCUUUGUGGGACCAUGUGCUCCCCCUAAAGGAGAUGUGUGCCUCAUAUUUCAGUGGCAAUCUGCUCAACUGGAAAUCCCUGAAUUAUGGAGACUACGGCUACGUGGUGAUUAAGCCCAGCGUGUGGGCUUGA